AUGCCCCGCCCGCAAUUGGCGUACGAUGGGCUAUGGCGCUGCCUUUCCCCUGCAGCUCACAAGCGUGGCUUGCCCAGGGCUCUCAAUACUCUGGUUCUCGGUGAAAGAUUAGGUCAACAACCUCAACGUCUGGACAUAACUCAGUCCCGGCAGUUUGGAGUUAGCAAAAUUAGGGGUGCGCAAUCUCCAGAAUCACCUGGGCGAUUGCAGUCGUUGGAUUCAUUCUUCAAUGAAUUCGAACUACGGCAAAUCGAUGAGCGAAACAAAAAAGAAGCUCAGAUAGACAUGGAACUGCGGCAGAAGGAACAAAAAGCCCAGUUGAAAACCUCCAAGAACCCAGCUCUUGCUCCGGUUUUGCCUAACCUAGACAACGUCUCAACGCCACUUAUUGUUGAGGCGCUCAGAAGAUUGCGGCUACCAAAGCAAGCUGGAAACGAUAUGCUGCCAGACAACCGAUUUUCAAGGAUUGUCAAUAUUGUCAGGUAUCUUGUCAAAUUUCGGGAAUACCCUCUCGAUGCGUUGAUCUACGAGAGUAUGUUGGCUGCCAUGGCUGCUCCCAGCGGCUCGAGUGGGGGAAUCCGCAGGAUACUCGCAGACAUGCGUGAUCAGAACAUCCCCCUCAGUGCGGACGUAUGCUACCUUGCCCUCGAAGCACUCACUGUUCAUCCAGAAUAUGUACUGCGCCAGGAGGUCAUGGAGAUCAUGGACAAGCACUGGUUUGAAUACACCAUGUCUGCCAAGCAGAACAUUGCCGUUGCAAUGUUGCGAGAAGGACAACAUGAAUUGGCCAUGGAUAAAAUUGCCCAGCUAAUGAACGAAGCCGAACACAUCGAUCUCUGGGUGUACGAUGUGUUUAUUCUGGAAUAUGGUAGACUGGGCUUCUUUGACGAGAUGCUCUAUUUAUUCAAGCAAAGAAAACAUGCCAAGGGUACGGAUAGUUCUUUCAGAAAUAUCCAACUAAUGGCUCUGGAUAUGUUCAGCCAAGGGUUCCAUCACGCAGGGACACUUUUUGUGUGGGCAGAUGUUAUCAAAACCUCGAUUCAUAAUCCCUCUAACGGCAUUCUCGAAAACGUCUUGGCGACAGCAGCCAGGCAUGGUGAUGCCAAUCUGGCUACCGAAGCUCUUGAUAAGUUGUCAAAGCGUGGAAAACUCGACCAGUAUCACCACGAUGCUAUUGUUGAGGCCUUCGCUAAUGCAGGGGAUGUGGAGGGUGCGUUCGUCACCUUGAACACACUACAGAAUGCUGGAUGGGUUGUAGACCAGGGGACCACCCGACCUAUCUUGCAGGCGUUACUCAGGGACGUGGCUCUUAUUCACAAAUCAGUCUAUGCCAUUCAUAUUAUGCACAAGGAGGGCCCAGUUGCUUUGGACGCCGUCAUGGUCACGGUCGAGGCACUGGCUCGAACUCGGACUUCGGAGGCUGCUAUGCCUUUGUUCCGCGACACAUACCGCUUCACUGGCAGAAAUCCCCGUUGCAGCGACAUCGAGAAGUUACUCCGCUACUGUGUGGACAUGGAGGCAAAAUACGAGCUUGCGAAAGCUUACAAUGCUGAGAUUGCGAAGAUGGAUCUUGUCCCAGGCACACCAGCACAGGAUGUGGUGUCUGCACAGGAUGAGUCUGGACAGGGCGAUAUAGACUUGGAUGUCACAGUUUCCAAGUCAUGGAUGGACCGAGCGGAUGCAGCGGCCGCAUACAACAUAAUAAUUCCAGCUUGCGCAGAGAAGGGUGAUUUUGAGCUUGCAUUCAAGUUCAUUGGCCUUGCCAAGGCUGCAACGCUGGAAUCCAUCAAGGUUUCAUCUGACAGGCGAGUGCCAGGCUCAACUCUAUGGAGGUCCUCAGGGUGGGUUGAGCCAUUCGUCAAGAAGGCUCUUGAUGCAGAGCAUCCUCGGGUGUGGGAGCUCGUUGACGAAUUAGACCAGGGUGACGACGCCCCGGCUUUGAUGAUUCGGCAGGAGCUCCAACGAAGACGCAUAAACAAACGUGUCGAGCAGCGAGCAGGCUGA